AUGCUUUGCACAGAAGAUCGUGGAAUCGAUCACGUUUCCGUAAGCACUCCAACGGGUAUAAGAAUAGCAAGUUCAAAUACAAUCGAAGCUUUAAUGGAAGAAGAUUUUCGUCUUAUUAUAAAUGACGUUUGCUAUUAUGUAAAAACUCCAAAGCAAGAAAAAUUAAGUCCGGAAGAAAUAGAACGAUUAUCUGACGUAAAAAAUUUAGUACAUCAAUUAUACGAAGCUUUAAACGUUGAAGAACAUCAAAUAAAAAAAGAAAGAGAAUUGUGCACACGUUUAGAAGAAUUAAAAUUAGAAUUAGAACCAAUGGAAGAGGUAAAGAAGAAAAGGACAAUGAAUGGGAAAAGGCAAACAAAUGUAUUGACAUGGAUCGGACUUGGUCUGAUGUCUGUUCAAUUUGGAAUUUUGGCCAGGUUGACGUGGUGGGAAUAUUCUUGGGACAUUAUGGAACCUGUUACUUAUUUUGUUACUUACGGCACUGCCAUGGCUGGAUACGCUUAUUAUGUACUUACAAAGCAGGAAUAUAUAUUACCCGAUGUUAAAGACAGACAGUACCUAAUAACAAUGCAUAAAAAGGCUAAAAAAGUAGGUUUAGAUUUGGAAAAGUAUAAUAAAAUUAAGGAACAAAUAUAUAAAAUUGAGCACGAUUUAAGAAGACUGAGAGAUCCUUUGCAAAUUCAUUUACCACCUUCUCACAUGAUCGAUUCAUCAAUAAAAAAAUCAUCGAAUCCGUUCGCCAAAGCAUUUUCUAUAUUUAAAAAUAAAACGAAAAAUGUUAAUAAUAAUAAUACUACUACUACUACUACUACUACUACUACUUCGUCGAAUAGCGAAAGAAAAAGCUCAUAA